AUGUCUCUUGUAAGAGCUCCUCUCGCCCUCCUCGCAUCCUAUAGCAUGUCAUGCGUCGGUACGCCUCCGAACCCGCCAAUAUCUGAGGAAGAACGCCGGGGGUACGCCUCCUCCGAAGUCAAACUGGGCCGUGCACUCUUAGUAUGGCCAUUCGCCCUCAAGACUGUCUUCUGGGCUGGAGGGAUAUGCGAAUCGGCCGUCGUCCUGGCGCAUAACUUCCCUCACCCGCCCUUGACCGACCGCAUACUCUCAGCAUUGCUUAUGCCUGGUCAUUACGCAGCGUCGCUUCGAAUAACCCCGACCUUCCUACUAGGCACCCUAUUGACCGCCCUCGGUGCCUACCUCCGCCAUAGGUGCUAUAAAACCCUCGGACGGUUGUUCACCUAUGAGCUAUCUGUACGGAAGGGACACAAGCUUGUCACGGAAGGUCCCUAUUCCUUCGUCCGCCACCCAAGCUAUCUUGCAAUCGGCAUAGCAUACGCGGGUAUUAACCUCUGUGCCUUCGGUCGCGGAUCGUUGCUGCGAGAGUCGGGGAUUUUAGACACUAAAGUGGGGAGUGUUCUGAUGGGAGCAUCGGCACUCCAUACAGUUGCUCUGGGCUUCUUACUCAUAGGAAGAUCCUUCUCGGAAGACAAGGUGAUGAGGGAACAAUUCGGUGAGCAGUGGGAUUGUUGGGCCGAGAAAGUGCGCUACAGGAUUAUUCCGUAUGUAUUCUGA